AUGUCGCUUAGCGUGAAGCCGUCACCAACUGUUUCGCCGGCUGUUCAACUCAAACUGAAGGAUAACGCUGAAAAUGUCAGCACCCUCGGAGGUUUUAUUGCUGGUGGUAUGGCCGCCUGUGGGGCUGUUACAUUUACCAAUCCGAUUGAGUUGAUCAAGACUCGAAUGCAACUUCAAGGGGAGCUUGUCAAAAAGGGUGCUGAGGGGGCAAGAACUUAUAAAAACCCACUCCAGGCUCUUGUUGUGAUCUACAAAAAUGAGGGUUUAAAGGGUCUACAACAAGGGUUGUUUUGCGGCUACUAUUAUCAAAUCUGUCUCAAUGGUUGUCGCAUAGGGUUGUACGAACCUCUGAGAUACUACUUAACGAAGUUGUUUCUUCCCGAACAAAUCAAGGAUGACGUUCCUAUUCCCCAAAAUGUUCCUGUCAACGUGGCUGCUGGGUUUGUAUCAGGUGCCGCGGGUGCUGUGUUGGCUUCCCCAUUCUUUUUGAUCAAAACACGCAUGCAGUCUUAUAAUAAAGCUGCUGCGUCUUCAGGUAACCUGGCCGUUGGUCAACAAACAUACUACAAGAAUGCAUGGGAUGGUAUUCGUUCGAUUUACCGCACGGAAGGUUUUCGUGGUCUUUAUAGAGGCGUUGAUGCUGCUGUUCUUCGUACGGGUGCGGGUUCCAUGGCACAAUUGCCGAUCUAUAACUAUACGAAACGCUUCUUGCUUAACAAAAACUUGAUCACGGAGGAAAACAAGGUUCCGCUUCAUUUUGUAUCGUCACUGAUGGCUGGCCUCGGUGUUGCUGUAGUGAUGAACCCAUGGGAUGUGAUUUUGACGCGGGUGUACAAUCAGAAGGGUAACUUGUAUAAAGGACCGAUUGAUUGCUUCGCCAAAACUGUGAGAAGUGAAGGUGUUAUGGCGUUGUACAAGGGCUUCUGGGCUCAAUUAUUCCGGAUUUGGCCCCAUACCAUCUUGACCUUGAUGUUCAUGGAACAACUGAUGAAGUUCAUGGUGCAUGUAGAAAAUCAGUGUCUACCUGAGAAUACAAGCCUUUAUCGAGUGUGUGCUUUGUUUCAUAUAGUGCCUUACAUGCGGGACUCCAACUUCCGGGCAGUCGCCACCAACAAGGCUUCGUUGACGAUCACACUGAGCAUGUAUGAUCGUCGAGCACUCGAUGUCCCCAGUGACAAACCCCUCGUGAACCUGUUGAACUAUUUGACGUACCUUGUGUCAUCUUCACCCAAAGUGCGGGAAACUUUGGCUAAUGAUGGCGGUAUCGAGCGGCUCAUUGAAAUUUUACAUGAGUGCCACAAUUCGACGUUCAAUUCUGAGGAUACAAUUUUCAACGCAGACAAGAAAGUAUUAGUUGGAUGGAAGUGGACGCUUGCUUUUCAAUGUUUGGUGCUUGUUGGAACUAGGGGUACUGAGAAAAUCCGUCAAAAGGUUGUGCUGGCAGGGAUUUUGCCCAUAAUCGCCACGGUGCUCGACAAUUAUUUGUCACUCAAUGAGCAACUUUGGAAGCAUAAUCCAGCGGCAACUCCCACUCUUCCUCCAGGAUCAAGCAUAGAAUCAAACUCAAGGCCGGUGGUGCCAAGUGAAUUCUCACUAGCGAACCUCGAGCUACCGAUGAACUUGGCACCUGCUGCUGCGGCGGCAGCAGCUGAACCAUCAGUGAUGCCAUGUUCGAAGACAUUCGAUUUGUGCGGCGACUUUGGUCUGCGUCUCACUUGUGACGAUUACGAUAGCUUGUCAGUGAAGCAAUUGCUCAAGCUUAUUGGCUUGAACGAUACGAGUUACACAAGUGACAUCCGUCGAAGGUAUCUUAUCGCAAUAAUCUUGAAGAAGCUCCAUGAAAGCAAAGAAGCUGAUCCUUUGGAUAUUGAUGCUAUACCCCACCAUGAAUACAGCAUGGAUGUUCAUCUUCAAUUUUUGUGUGAUUUAUAUUUGGAAACUGCUGGACAGUCUACUUCGGUUCUGCCUGAGCAUGGACCAGGACUGAUACCUCGAAAUAAUAAUCAUGUCGCAGCAUCCAAAAUGGCGGUUCGGAACUUCACUGAAACAGGCGUUAUUAUACCACAAGACGACGAUAUCAUUUGGUCAUUGCAAUUACUUGCAUACAUUAGCAAAUACCCCUAUCUCAAGGAAGCGCUUCAAAAUACCCACUUGAUAAUUGAAAUGAGCAUACGUGAUAAGCAUUUCAAACACUAUUUAGAAAACCAGAGGAAGUUGACGAUGAAGAAGACAUUAGAGCUUCAAUUACGCCCGCCCAUCCCUUCAAAGCUGCAAAACUUGCGGACGCAAAGAUUUGAGCAACAAUGCUCCGAUGCGUCGGUACCAAUGGAUGAGGAGUUGGAACUAUCCGUAUUGGAAGAUCUGGAAUCGGAAUUUGAGCUGGACUCUCUGGCGGUGCCGCCACCGGUUCCAGUAGUUGAAGCAACACCUCGCAGCCUUCAGUUUCUGGGACUCCUGCAAUUGUACGACUCAAUUGCGAAAGCAGAACUGAUUGAAAAUGACUUAGAGCGGCAAUUUGCUUUAUGUCAAGUCACGCAGAAAAUUGACGAGACUGUUGCUUCAGAAACAAUUCGACUUAAGUCAACGAUAACGAAGAAACGGCAGGAAACCAAGGAUUAUUUGAAUGAUAGAUGGAAUUAUGAAACUUAUCAAGGAUUUGACGUUGAUGAUCUUGAAGAUCAGGACGAGCUGUUGAUGGAGUACAAACGAGUAAAUUUGUUUCCCCUCGUUGAGCGAUUCACGUUUCUUCCCGGCACUGACAUGUAUUAUUGGGCCGGGGUCAUCAUGCGAAAUCUGUGUCGUCGAAACGAAGCACGCGGUGGGGUUCGCCAGUGUGGAAAUUUGGAAUGUGGUCAAUGGGAAAAAUUUCCACGGGAAUUUUCCAAAUGCCGCAGGUGCAAGCGAACCAAGUAUUGCUCAAGGGACUGUCAAAUCAAAGCUUGGAAUUGCCACCGGAACUGGUGUAUCCCUUCAACCUCUAGCAGUGGCAGUACCUCUACGGAUCCUAAUGCUUCUGGUGCUGCUCAUUCCGCAGAUAACUCUUAA